UGUUUCUCCAUGCCUGGCUCCUUUAGUGUUCCAAAGAUGGUCUACUUUGGGAAUUCCUGACAUUCCUAAAUUCCCCAAGCUCAGAUACCCUACUGGUCAAGAGGAGAGUGGCUUGUGUCUUUGCUGCUGCUCCCCUCCCCCAGGUUUGCUGGUAGAGGGAGCUGGGCCACUCCUAUACCCUGAGUCACAGCAGGCUAGGUAGGGCUGCUCCUAGUUGGAGCUGUUCCUGCUAAGAGCUGAGAGCCAAGCGAGCUGCUUAAUCCGAUUACCUGAGGCCUGGGGCUUGGGCUUGGCCUUUGGCAGGAGGAACUGGGUUCCCUCAUGACAACCUCUGGGACCUAGGUGUGCAGCUCUCAUUCCUGCUAGCUCUCUGCUCUGGAUCCAGGUUUUUUCCUUCAACAUCCACAUCACUCAUCUCUCAGCCCCAGGGUAGUUUUCCUGAGGUUCCUGGCUCCCAGCCUCAACUGAGAUUUAGAGAUAAAAUGUGCUGGAGAAACCUUUGUUUGGGGGCUGGAGUUGGGAGGGUUUAAGUUUUCUCACCUGGAGUGGAGUUGAAUCACCACCCAAGCACCUGCUGGGAUGACUCAAACAGCAAAAAUGGACUGCCUUCCUUUAACUGCCCGACUUUCUUGACCCAGGGGCAGGUCAGGGAUUUGAGGAGCAAUGGGCACCAGAAAAGAGUUUGGCGUGGGGGUGGGGUACUCCCAAAUUCCUCCUAGCACAUCUCUGACCCUGAGGGCUUUUGAGUCCCUGUGCUUAAUCCCAUUGUGCAAAGGAAUUGACUUUAAAUUGCCAAAAUUUAAAAAGGGAGGGGAAAAUGUGCAGAGCUUUGGGGGCUGGAAGUCCUCUGACUUCUGGGUCUUGGGUGGGGAGGGGGCGUGGUACCCUGAGGGGGUGUUGGGGGCUGGGAAGAACGUGACACCUGGGUCUGCUUAAGGGAGGGGGAUGUUGGCGCUCUGAAGUAGGUGCGGUCCGCUGGGAGGGAGUGGGGAGGAGUCAGUCGUUAAAAGUUGUUCCUGGGCCUGGCCCACCCGCCUGCCACAGACACUUAGGCCAGGUGAGAGUUCUGUGGCACCUGGGGUGCGCCGCCAGGCAGAGACUGAGUGCGAAGUUUAUCACCUCCACCGAACACCGGGCCCGUAGCAGAGACUGAGUGCGAAGUUUAUCACCUCCACCGAACACCGGGCCGGUAGCCAGCCGCAGGUAGGGGAAGCAGGACUGGGUCUGGAUAACAAGGAAAGUAGAGCACAACCUGUCCUGUACCGGGUACCUGACAGCGGAUUUUGCGCUGGACUCUCCCAAAGAGUGCCGGAUUGGUAGAGAGCCGGGGCUCCAGAAUAAGGACUCUGAACUUGGGGACGAUAUAUACUUUUCAAGGACUCGAGUUUCCCUGGAACGACUCCAGACUAGGAAGACAUUUCUAUUUUAAGGAUAUUGGGUUUAGGGAUCAACGUUUCGCUUUGGAGGGGAGGGUGUGUAGGCGCCCUCUUAAGGCUUCCCUCCACCUCCAUGGCGCUACCUGGCCCCUCACACGACGAGGCCUGGAGUCUGGAACCUCCCGCUCCCACGGCCCCUGCCCCCUCGUCCUCGAGCUCCCAGGAGCUGGAGGGCGCUGGGAGCCCUGUGGUCUCUGGGGGCCUUCCUUUGGAGAAGGUGAAGCGACCCAUGAACGCGUUCAUGGUGUGGAGCUCCGCUCAGCGCCGCCAGAUGGCGCAGCAAAACCCAAAGAUGCACAACUCUGAGAUCUCCAAGCGCCUGGGCGCGCAAUGGAAGCUACUGGGUGAGGACGAGAAGCGGCCCUUCGUGGAGGAGGCCAAACGGCUGCGGGCCCGGCACCUCCGCGACUACCCGGACUACAAGUACCGGCCUCGGCGCAAGACCAAGAACGCGGGCGCCGGGCCGCUCCACUUCGGCCAGGGAAGCGGCGGCGGGCCGGUCUGGGGACCCGGAUACGCGACCACUCAGGGGAGCAGAGGCUUUGGGUACCAGCCCCCCAACUACUCGACAGCUUACCUGCCUGGCGGUUACGGGUAAGUGGCUGGGGAGUGGGGUAAGGAGACACUAUCCCCCUCCUGAAGCUUGGGUGGAGCGGGCACCAGAGAUCCUUGCUGGCAGGGGCCCUGAGGCCACCCAAGCAGAGGCCACUCCUGGGAGUUUGGGGGCUGCAGUUGAGGUUUUAGAGGGUACCACCCCCUGUACUACAGCGCCUUGUGAAGGGUUGGGAAGGAGGGUUUCCGUGGCCCAGGGUUUUCCUAGAGGAAGUUAUUUCAGCCGGGCAGCAGCAGCCCUGCAGGGGCAGACCAGAGCCCCUUGGAUGUUGACCGUGUUCGUUACCUACCUGGAUUUCCUGUCUCCUCCCACCCCCAUUCUGGCCCUAGUGUGACCCAGCUUCCUCUCCCUGCCUCCGGGGCAAGGAGAGGCCAAGCCCAACUCUGCCCCUUUCUGGCCUGGUGCCCCCAAA